CUGGAAUCGCGUUUAGCUUUUAAUGACAAAUGUGAUUUCACUCUAUCGCUCAGUGUUCCUGUUUACAUUAUACUGAAAAAAUAUGACCUCAUCAAAGGGAAAGUGCAAAACCCCAUUUUCUGAAUUGGUUUCUAAUUUUGAAGGUCGUUCGUUAUAUAUCUCUAGAUUAAUCGCCCAAAGUUCUGCCAGAAACAAUUUGGAUGAUCAUCACAAUCUGGAAACAAUCUUUUCAAAUCUCGUAACACAAUGGCGUUUAAUUAUGUUUAAAACGAGAGAUACAACUCUGAGCCAUGCUUUAACAGAUUUCCUCAAUGACUGUGCUAGUAAUACGACUAAGGCGUUUUCACUUCUUGAAAUACAUUUAAAACCAUCGAGUAAUUCCACUAUUCUGCUGCUACUAAAGAAGUUAAUGAUGCGUCUAGUUUACAUGUUUGAAGAACUUUGUUCUGUAUUUCCUAACGGUGUUCCAAUAAGUGAAGAAUAUCAUUUCGUGAGACAGGAAACAGGAAUUUGGUGGGAUACAGUAUUUGGGAAAAAAUAUUCUGUUUCAUGGAAUGGAUUUCUACAAGCAUUUACUGGUGAAUUUGGUAUCACAGAUAGUCAUAUGCAUCAACCACUACGUGAUACAUUCAGUUUCGCAUCAGAGGAUUAUGUAUCUGUUUAUGCUUUGGAUAUAUUUUCCAGACUCUUUCCUCCAUGGAAAAACUGUUUCAAAGUUUGGAAGAAACUAAUCUACGAACAUCCUGCUUUUAUGCCGUGGUCAACAUUUAGUGAUGCUCAUAACUUACUUGUUGAAUUUAUCAACAAACCUGGAACCUUUGUUUUUCGUCUGAGUUGUAAUAAUAUUGGAUUCUGGUCUGUCGGUUAUGUAGGAGAAGAUGAAAAACCUGUUCAGAUUGUUUGUCGUUCUCAUUAUCUAGCUGACUAUCUUGAAGAGACAAAACAUAGAAAAUUGUGUAUUUUCCCAAGAGGUCUUGAUUCAAACCAAAAUCCAGAUCUCAGUGAAAUUGUAAAUCAAACUCAGAUGUGUAUUGUUAGUCCCACAGAUAAUAGAAACUCUGAAUCUGUCCUUUCAUGUGGUAUAUGCAUGGAAUUUGAAAAAACAGUUCAACUUGAACCGUGUAAACAUCAUUUAUGUCUAAAAUGCUCAAUCAAAUGGAUACCUACAGUUAAAGGAUGUCCAUUCUGUCGACAGACUGUGUUAGCAACAACUUCCGUACAACUCUAUCUGAAUAAUACAAAAAAUUCUUCACCCAACGACUUUAUCAUCUCUGGUUUAUCUUUCAAAAGAGGUCUACCAGCAUCAAGAAAAUGUUCUUUACCACUCCGACUGCCUAAAGACAAUGGAGAAGGAAGUUCAACUGCUAAAAGAAAAGGUCUAACUCUGGCUUUACCUUCAAGUUUUAGCGAGAACAGUUCCAGUGUAUCAAUCAACCCUGCAUGUACCAAACUUGAUCGUACGGAAAGUCAAGUGGAUCAUUUAUCUGAAUUACAUUCUCAAAAUCUAAACUUAUCUGGAGCGCAAUGUGAAAGCAGCAGCUUAUUGGCACAAGCAGAGAAGAGUGAAGCCGAUAACAAUGACGUUGGCUGUACAAACUUUGAAGACUAUCCUAUAGAAGAAGUUAACCGCGCACUACGAGUUGCUAAAGGCAAUGUGGAAAUCGCUAACGCUAUAUUACAGGAGUAUUGUUUAAAAAUAAUUAAAAAAUAAAAGCG